GGACAAUAUCUUGUUUGGAGGAGAAACUAGGAUUUGUAGACAUUUUCUUACCAUUUUGAACGACGUCCAUCCGCAGCCAUCAUGUGCACAGGAUCCUGUUCGAAGUUUGUCGCCAUCCCGCUCUGCGUCCUGGCCCCCCUGUCGAUCAUUUGCAACAUCGUGCUCUUCUUCCCUGGCCUUGAGACAAAGUAUGCGGCCAACAACAGCGAAGAAAUGCCGCUUCUCACCGAGGAGGUGAAAUAUAUGGGGGGCCUGAUAGGAGGAGGAAUCAUGGUCCUUAUUCCUGCCAUCCACAUUCACCUGACCAGUGCUAAGAACUGCUGUGCCAACCGCUGUGGGAUGUUCCUGUCCAUUGGUUUUGCAGCAGUUGGUGUGUUGGGGGCCGUGUACAGUCUGAGUGUUGCUGCCCUGGGCCUUUCUAACGGGCCAACAUGCCUGUGGGGCAACGGAGAAAACCCAUUACAGUGGGGAGCGCCCUUCGCUGGCGGUAAUGGUAGCUACCUGGCCAACAAGGAAAUGUGGGAUUGGUGUAUAGAGCCAAAAAAUGUGGUUGAAUUCAACGUGGGUCUGUUCUCCACCCUGCUGGUGGCGGCAUGCUUGGAGCUCAUCCUCUGUCUCAUCCAGAUGGUUAACGGACUGUUUGGAUGUAUCUGUGGCACCUGCGGCAAGGAGUAAGCUCAACUACAACACACCAUGACUUCUUGAAGAACAACUGACAAGAAAAACAUCAUCGCCAUCACCAUGUUCAUCAUCAUCGUCAAAAUCUGCGACGGGGCGAUGACAUCAGGGUUGAGGGUGUUCACCCACGGUGCCGUGACGCUGUUCUUCUGUCCAAAUCGUAUACGUUGUUUUCAUUCUUCAAGAGGAAUGAAUGGGAUGAUCCAUGAAUUAUUACUCCCUCGACUAUUUAGUUGUUUUGAUCUGUAGAUGGUAAAAAAAACUAGAUGAAAGCUGUAUUUUUAACUCAGUAGGUUUGAAAUUAUUUUGUAAUAAAACUCAUAAGAUGCACAUAAGAUAAAAGAGGAGAUAGCAUGAUGCUUUGGAAGAGGCCGGACCUGAAUGAACUGUGUCUACUUGUAUUGGUGAUGUCCAAAAUACAAUUAAUCACCAUAUCAGAAA